GUCAGUGGCUGUGAGAAAAUGAAUUAAUAUCUUGGGGGCUUACCUCUCUGAGCACUUAAUGGACUGAAAAGCUGUAACAGGAUUGUUACCCUUGAGAUGGAGAAGAAAAGAGGAUGCUAGAAAGUGAGGCUAAUAAUGCCAUGGACUAUUGAGAAGAGAAUGGAAAUAACAAAUAUGCUGAACUUAGCAAGUAAUGCCAGAGGAUGCCGAACUGGCUUCUAAACCUGCAGCCUGGAGAGGAGCAGAUUUCCUUUGUACUUUGUUUUCAACAUUUUCUCCCUGUUUUUGUGUUCCUACCCUUUUCCACACAAAAAGCAGUACUUCAUCUCGUCUUGUUAAGAGUGAUUGCAGAAAAAUGAGUCUUCAUGGGGCUAGUGGUGGCCACGAAAGGUCAAGAGACAGAAGAAGGUCAAGUGAUAGAUCACGUGACUCAUCCCAUGAACGUCUUGAGUCUCAGCUCACUCCAUGCAUCAGAAAUGUUACUUCGCCAACAAGACAACAUCAAGGAGAACGUGAGAAGGAUCAUAGCUCAUCUCGACCAAGCAGCCCUCGUCCUCAGAAAGCUUCUCCGAAUGGUUCCACUAGCAGCCUAGGAAACAGUAGUAGAAACAGCAGCCAGUCAAGUUCGGAUGGGAGUUGCAAGAAUGCUGGAGAAAUGGUUUUUGUGUACGAGAACGCAAAAGAGGGAGCUCGGAAUAUAAGAACUUCAGAGAGAGUAACACUUAUAGUGGACAAUACUCGAUUUGUUGUAGAUCCUUCUGUUUUUACUGCACAGCCAAAUACAAUGUUGGGCAGGAUGUUUGGUUCAGGAAGGGAACAUAAUUUCACACGGCCCAAUGAAAAAGGAGAAUAUGAAGUGGCUGAAGGAAUUGGUUCCACUGUUUUUCGUGCUAUCCUGGAUUACUACAAGACUGGCGUGAUACGUUGCCCUGAUGGAAUAUCUAUUCCUGAACUACGAGAAGCGUGUGACUAUCUCUGUAUUUCUUUUGAUUAUAGUACUAUCAAAUGUAGAGACCUCAGUGCUCUCAUGCAUGAAUUAUCAAAUGAUGGUGCUCGGAAACAGUUUGAAUUUUACCUUGAAGAAAUGAUACUGCCAUUGAUGGUAGCCAGUGCUCAGAGUGGGGAAAGAGAGUGCCACAUUGUAGUGCUCACUGAUGAUGAUGUUGUUGAUUGGGAUGAAGAGUACCCACCUCAAAUGGGAGAAGAAUAUUCACAAAUUAUUUAUAGCACAAAGUUGUAUAGGUUCUUCAAGUAUAUUGAGAACAGAGAUGUGGCCAAAUCAGUACUGAAGGAAAGGGGUCUUAAGAAGAUUCGAUUAGGUAUAGAAGGUUACCCUACGUACAAAGAAAAAGUUAAGAAGCGACCUGGUGGGAGACCAGAGGUAAUCUAUAAUUAUGUCCAAAGACCUUUCAUAAGGAUGUCAUGGGAGAAGGAAGAAGGGAAAAGUCGUCAUGUUGACUUCCAGUGUGUGAAAAGUAAAUCAAUUACCAACCUAGCAGCAGCUGCAGCAGACAUUCCCCAGGACCAGCUGGUGGUGAUGCACCCCACUCCCCAGGUGGAUGAGCUAGAUAUUCUACCAAUUCAUCCUCAGCCCAGCAACAGUGAUAUGGAUCCUGAAGGACAGAACUUGCCACUCUGAUCCAAACUGUUGGUUAAACAAAAGCAUGCUAUUAUAAAAAAAUUGAAGAUGCUGUAAUGAGCUCAUACUGCACUGCAAUUCCAGCUUCUCUCCAUUGUGAAAUGAACAUAAAAUGUUUCAGGAUAUUGCAGUAUGGACUUAACAAAGACCAAAGUGGGAUCUGAUUAUGGUUUGUAGGAGUACAUAUGUAACAUCAUGAGGUUCAGUUACAUACCUGCAUUUGUUUCCCAGUAAGUAGCUUUUGUGGUAUUGGUUGUAUGGUGGACUGUUCUUAGCCUCAAACUUAUCAAAAACAGCAGGAUUUGGAAGUUAUGGUUUAUUCAGUAUUUUGGUACUCAGUGGGCAAAAUGCAGACUUAAAAUUGAUAGUGGCACUUUAUAAAUGGUGGACAAAAAAUAUUCUCAAAGCCAUUUUUAUAGUCUGGGUGCACUAUGUUGACUCUAACAGAGUGCUUCUUUCAGAGACUUUCUAUUCAGCAAAAUGUAAAUAGUUUGUUCUGAAUAGAGGUAAUAGCUUACUUAACUUGUUCUCUUAUGAAUGAGCACAAUGUUCUUGCCACUGGGACUUUUGGGUUGUGAUCCAACAGCCUACUUUUUUCAGAUUUAUCCAGUGAAUGUUUUUUUUUUCAUGAUUUGAUGUGAGCCAUGUUGAAGGGUCAGGAACAACUGAUAUGGGCUUUAUCUUUUAAACAGAUGCCUUAUCUUAAAUCUGUUCACAGAAAUAUUUAUUUACUGAGAGGUUUUUCAUAUGUUGUCAUGGAAUAGAAAAAUGCAAAUUGUUCAUUCUUCACUUAAUAACUGAUUGUAAACUCAAGUUUUUCAUUCAAAUAAA